UCGCUUUGAAUUAUAUUCUCGCGAAUGCCGUUUGCUCGAUUCGUCUCUCUGUUAAUCGCGAAAUCUCGUUCGGUCAAAAUAAUAUAAAAGUUACGUCAAAGCUGUGGAAGUUUACAAUCGGCCUGCCCAGCGAGCAGCGAUUCAUUUCGAUUUGUCUACUCGCAGUUUCAGUUUGUAAUGCUCCACCAGUGCUAGAGUUUGUCGUGGGGAAUUAUAUGAAAACGGUGUUACGAUAAAACCUGUUGGAAAAAUAUAGUUUUCCAAAAAUAAGAUCAGCCAUGGGUCCGUUGGUCGCUCAAGGCUUCGCUGCCUUUCUCGGGACUCUGGCGAUGCUGAAUGUGGGUCUCCUCAUGGGCUGGCCCGCGUCCUCUCUUCCAAAAUUGUUACACCAAAGUAGUAGAGAAAACGAUGAGAAUGAAAUAAAAAUAACAGUGGAAGAAGCCUCCUGGGUUGUGAGCAUCAUGAUUUUCGCUGCCAUUGUUGGACCGCUACUUUGUAAUUUUUUGGUCGAUCGAAUUGGAAGGAAAUGGUCGCUCGGUGCGGUCGUACUCGCUAUGCUAACCUCCUGGAUUAUCACCGGGUUGGCACAGACCGUUGAGCUAAUUGACGUCGGUAGAUUCAUCGGCGGACUCGGUGUCGGUGCAGCUUUCCCCUUAACAGCAAUGUACCUCGGGGAAAUCGCUGAAGCUAGAAUACGCGGCGUUCUUGGCUCAACACUGACCAUUGCUUUCAUCAGUGGACAAGUCUUGUCCUUCAGCGUUGGCCCGUGGAUCUCACGAGCGAUGCUUUCGCUAUUCUCAGCUCUUCCACUCGUCAUAUUCCUCAUCGCGUUCCCGUGGUUGCCAGAAUCCCCGUACUUCUGCUUGAUGAAAGGAGCACGAGAAAAGGCGGCAGCGUCUCUGAUGUGGCUGCGGCGGCGAUCGGAUGUCGAGAAAGAAUUAUCCUCUUUGGAGAUGACUGUGGCCCAAGAGCAAAAAAAUCAGAACCAAUCACGCGUUGCCUCGAUCUUCAAGGUGCGAGGAAAUCGAAGGGCUUUCCUCAUCGGAAUGGGACUGAUGACGUUCCAACUGCUGACUGGCACCCACGCGAUUACAGCGUACGCCGGCGUUAUUUUUGAGGAUUCUGGUUUGACCGGUUGGACCAGUUGGUCCUUGCUGAUAUUGGGAGUCUUCGAACUUGUUGCCGGGAUCUGCGCACUUUUUGUUAUCGACUUGGUCGGACGUCGUCCUCUUCUCAUCGCGUCUACCUUCUUAUCGGCUCUUUUUAUGUUGAUCGAGGGCGUAUUUUUCCACUUGAAAGAUCUGGAGUACGACACGAGCUCUUUCUCGUGGGUGCCGCUCGUCGGUCUCGUUGGAUUCAAUUUCGCCAUUUUGCCAGGACUCGGCGGCGUCACGUGGGUCCUCAUCGGCGAAAUAUUCCCCACAAACGUGAAGGCCUUUGCGUCCAUGUUCCUCGGCAUGUACGGCUCGGUGUUGGGAUUCGCUGUCACCAAGCUUUACGAACCUGUCGGAUCAGAACUCGGCAUUUACUCGGUUUAUUACUUCUUCGCUUCGGUAACUUUCGUCGGUAUUUUCUUCAUUUAUUUCUGGGUGCCCGAGACUAAGAAACUCACUUUCGAUGACAUCCAAAAACUUUUGGACUCUGGCUCACGUUACAAUUUAUCAGAAAAAUCUAUCGAAGACACCGGUGGAAAAUAGCAACGUUUGACCCGGCAUUUCGACGAGUAAUUGAGAUCUCUUUAGCUCAAUAUUGCUCAGAGGAAAUGACUUUUCCCAAGUUCCAGUGGUUUCCAUUCGACCACUUGCGAAAUAACUCGAGAAGAGGGUGACGCGAAAGAGUCAGUGCUGGUCGCAGGCAUGAAUGAACAAAACGGACGCCAUAAAACUUGGAAACAAAAUACGCUUCUUUGAUAAAUAAGAACGCUUCGAGUGUUAAAAUCAAUUUAUUUUCGAUCCGAUACUUCUUGAACAACCGGAAAUACUGAGCCAUUCAUUGAUUUCGGAAUCGGUCAAUUGUUUUCCGAGGCAUCGAAGCUCUCGACUCAGGGCUGGCGUGCAUUUUGGAUCGGUCGGGGAUCAGGUCAGCGUUUGCACCGAAGUGACCUUUAGGCACAUUGGGAGUCUGUGAAAUUGUGAGAAAUACGGGUCCUAAGUAAUCGAGUUGACUUCUUACGAUUAGAAGAUAUAAAAGCAAGGGUCCGAUCGCAGGAGUCAGUUGUAAGUUGCAGCCGGAAUUCCGAAUCAGUCCAAGUCUCUACCCGACCAAGUAUCGUUAAAAUCAAGUUUACUAAUCUCGAUGAAAAUCUUAUCCAUAUUCGAUUUCUGCGGACAACUGAAGUGUCAAUGAAUUUUCAUCUCCGAAUCAAAAUUCAAUUGUAUCAAUUCAAAACCGAGCUACGGAUGGAAUAACUCGUUUGUGUAUAACUUUUAGUAUACGCGAAGUAGCCACUCUGCAUAGGAGAAAAAAAAUAAAUUGAUUCGAAAAGACGCGACAGUGAUUCAGUGAAAUCUGUGAUUUAGUGAUGCCACCGAAAUGUAUCAUCGUCUCAAUCAUCCAAAAUGUUGAUAAAUGUAGUUAACUAAUAGACGUGAAGUAAUAAAAAUCGUUUUAUACCAAA